AUGGUUGUGGACGGCAAGAAGGUACACUCGAAGACUUCAACGUUCUUUGAUGUGCACAACCCUGCGACAGGAGAGCUCAUCGCUCGGACCCCGCAGUGUACUCAAGAGGAGCUGCAGUCAGCUGCGGAGUCAUCUGCAGAAGCCUUCAAGGCGUGGAGACGGACGCCGCCAAGCACCCGUGCACGUGUGAUGCACAAGCUUGAGGGCGCGAUCCGCGAUAACACUGAAGCCCUUGCACAAGUGCUUACGAAGGAGCAGGGCAAGACAAUCGCUGAUGCAAAAGGCGACAUCUUCCGUGGCCUGGAGGUUGUCGAAAUGUCUUGCAACAUCCCUUCAAUGAUUCAGGGUGAGACUUUGGCGAACGUGGCGAACAGCGUGGACGUGCACUCGUACAGAGUCCCGCUGGGCGUUUGCGCAGGAAUUGCUCCCUUCAACUUUCCCGCGAUGAUUCCUCUGUGGAUGUUUCCGCCAGCAACAACAGCUGGCAACACAUUUCUAUUGAAACCAUCAGAAAGAGUGCCUCUUUCAGCUGUUAUGCUGGCUGAGAUGGCCAAUGAAUGCGGGUUGCCACCAGGCGUCUUGAACGUGGUUCAUGGUGGCCAUGACACCGUGAACUUUUUGUGCGACAAUGCCCACGUAAGGGCUGUCUCUUUCGUGGGUGGCAAUGCAGCAGGAGCCCACAUCUACGAGCGUGCAGGCAAGAACGGAAAGCGAGCCCAGUGCAACUUGGGAGCUAAGAACCAUGCAAUCGUGCUGCCUGAUGCAGAUCCUGAGAGCGUUGUGAACCAACUGGUAGGCGCAUCUUGUGGAGCAGCCGGCCAAAGGUGUAUGGCCACCAGUGUGGCUGUGUUCGUGGGUACUUCAAAGGAGUGGAUCCCAAAGAUUGCGGAACAAGCAGCUAAGCUCCGCGUUGGGCCGGGAGAUGAUGGUUCCACUGAUGUUGGGCCUCUGAUCUCAGCGCAAGCCCAGCAACGUGUGGAGCAACUCAUCCAGUCUGGCAUGGAUGAGGGUGCGCGACUAUUGCUGGACGGACGAAAGCCCUCCCUCCCAGACGUCAACAAGGGCGGCUACUUUGUUGGGCCCAGCAUCUUUGCCGAGGUGAAGAAGGGCAUGCAGAUUUACGACAACGAAAUCUUUGGCCCCGUGCUGUGCUGCGUCGAGGUCGACUCGUUUGAUGAGGCCAUCCGGUUCGUGAACGAGAACCCCUACGGCAAUGGCACUGCCAUCUUCACCCGCAGCGGCGCGGCAGCGCGCAAGUUCACCGAUGAAAUUGAAGCGGGACAGGUUGGCGUCAACGUUCCCAUUCCGGUGCCGCUGCCUAUGUUCUCCUUCACGGGCAACAAGAAGUCCAUCCUGGGAGAUUUGAACUUCUAUGGCAAGGCGGGCGUCAACUUCUUCACGCAGCUGAAAACAGUGACCUCUGCCUGGAGGGACGACAGCUACAUUGAGAGGCUCAGCACAGCUGGAGUUGGCGCGCAGUGA